AUGUAUGGCGAGCUGAAGAUUACGCUCUUAAUCUACCUAUGGUAUCCUAAAACCAAGGGAACUGCUUAUGUAUACGACACCUUGUUGCGGCCUUUCAUGGUAAGACAUGAAACCGAAGUGGAUAGAAAGAUACAGGAGUUGAAAGCUAGAGCAUGGGACUUUGCUUUGUACUACUGGCAAAACUGCACAGAAUUGGGAAGGACAAAAUUCUUCGAAAUACUUCAAUAUUUGGCAGUCCAAUCUUCAAGGUUAAAACAUGGCAAUCAGAAAUCUGAUCAGCAAAAUCCAGACAUUCAAGUACCACCUCCAAAUGGACUCCGUAGUCAAUCAGGGAAGAGCAAGAGUUUGACUUCAAUGACAAUCAACCGCUCCGUCGUAGAAUCACCCAAGUCUAAACAUGCCCACUUCCAACUUGACAACCAAUCAGAAUACGAGUACGACCAAAGCGAUGACACUUCCGUGCCAGAGUCCCCAAGUGACUCCAAGCUCCAACAGGCUCGUCUCAAGCUCCGCCGUACCAAACUACACAAUUAA